AUGUCUGACACCGCUACGCAGUCCGAAAAGAACACUGGCGAUUUCGCGUUGGCGUCAGUCCGUCCAAGCACCAACAUCGACGCGGAAGCAGCGCAUGAAUAUGUCAUCGAUCCUGCAGCCGAGGCGAGGUUGGUUCGCAAGCAGGACCUGCGGGUGCUCCCCAUGAUAUUUCUCAUGUACUUCUUUACUUUUCUUGAUAGAACGAAUCUCGGCAAUGCAAAAGUAGCAGGCAUAGAAGCAGAUCUGGGUUUGGGAACGUAUGGCUUCAACAUCGGCGCCUGUCUUUACUAUGGCAUCUAUUUCUUUGCCGACAUUCCUGCAUCUCUGAGCGUCAAGAAGUUUGGGUUCAUCAUGCUGCCCAUUAGUUGCAUUGCCUUUGGCAUUGUCACUCUCUGUACUGCUUUCAUCGAAAAUGAAGGAAGUUUCUUCGCAAUUCGGCUGCUUCUCGGUCUUACCGAAUCUUUCCAAUUUCCAGGACUCAGUUACGUGGUGUCUCGGUUCUAUCGCCGCAGAGAAGUGACGACUCGAGUCUCAUUCUUCAUGCUUGGCGCAGCUGGGUUGGCAAGCGCCUUCGGUGGUCUUCUCGCCUCUGGUUUACUAUCACUAGGAAGCAUUGGCACCGUUUCUUCGUGGAGAAACAUCUUCUUAGUUGAAGGGUAG